CUGAUAACAAUGUCAAUUAUGUUCAUCUCCACACUGCUCGUUCUACUUGUUCCAGUUUGCUUGUAUCUCAGGGCUAGUUGUAGGUCAAAGAACCCACCAGUGCUUCCCACAAACUGGCCAAUGCUGCACAUGUUCCCUUCCUUCAUAGCCAACCUCCACAACUUGUAUGACUAUUACACCCUGGUCCUCGCCAGAUCAGGCCACAACUUCAGGGUGCAUGGACCACCUGGGACCGGGAUGCGCUUCUUCAUCACAUGCGACCCUGCGAACGCCCGGCACAUCUUGACGACGAACCAUGCCAACUUCCCCAAGGGCACAGAAUUCGCCGAUAUCUUCGACAUCAUGGGUGGCAGCCUCUUCACCAUUGAUGGUGAGCCGUGCCGCCGACAACGCGCGAAAGCCAAGAGCAUCCUCAGCAGCCCUAGGAUCAUUUCCAGUAUGGCGGCCUACCUCUAUGGAAAGGUGGAGAACAACCUCCUCCCAUUGUUCACCCGGAUGGCGAUCACUGACACUUCAUUCGACAUGCAUGAAUUGAUGUCGAGGCUUAUGUUUGACCUGGCUGCUAUGCCUCUCUUCGGUGUGGAUCCUGGCCUCCUAUCCUUAGACAUGCCGCCCAUGGACGCAGCGGUUGCCCUGGACACGGUGAUGGAGGUGGGCUUUUUUAGGCUCAUGAUGCCAGCUUAUUGCUGGAAGUCGAUGAGGUGGCUAAACAUCGGCCCUGAGAGUAAGCUUGACACGGCACGCAUGGUGCUGCGAGAGAUCAUUGGGGAGAUGAUGCAAAAGAGGAAGAUCACCACAUGUCGUUUUGGACAUGGCAAGGAACAAGAGAGUGUGGAUAUUAUUUCUUCCUUCCUCGAAGACCCAGACUACACCAAUGUUGACUUGCUCCGUGCGAUUAUCAUUAGCUACAUGCUCGCUGCGAGGGACACAAUUGCAACAACCCUAACAUGGAUCUUCUACAACCUCGCCCAAAAUCCAAACAUCGUGUCAAUCAUCCGCGACGAACUUUCACCCAUUGCAUCACACAAAGUAGCAUUAGGGGUGUCUACCCCGGUGAUCUUUGAGCCAGACGAGACCAGAUCUCUAGUAUAUUUGACAGCCACCUUGUACGAGACUCUUAGACUUUACCCACCGGCACCUGUUUUGCUCAAGAAGGUGGCCGUAGAUGACAUCAUGCCGAGUGGCCAUGAGGUGCAUGCCGGUGACACCAUUUUUGUUUCUGUCCAUUCCAUGGGGAGAAUGGAGGGUGUGUGGGGUAAAGACUGCCUCGACUAUAACCCACAUAGGUGGCUCUCAGAUGAUGGCAACAACCUGAGAUACAUACCAUCUCACAAGUUCUUGGCCUUCAACUCUGGCCCGAGGAUGUGCCUCGGCAAGGACAUUGCACUUAUGCAAAUGAAGACUGUCAUUGCUACAGCUGUGUGGAACUUCGAUGUGAAGGUGGUGGAAGGGCAAAGCAUCCAGCCUAAGCCGUCCAUUAUACUGGAGAUGAAAAAUGGGCUCAUUGUUAAGUUGAAGAAGCGAGAAAUGUAA